UCCCGAUUCCGAGAAGUUGAUAACGUUCCGACUACACAAUUGAAACCAAAGAAAGGAAACGUUCGCGGAAGAAGUUUUUUUGAAUUGCAUAGCCCUCGUCACCUGUACCUGAUAGGGGACAGAAGCAAUCACAAGACGAGGUUGCUGGAGGGAAAACGCAUUCACCAUCCAAAAGGAUACUUUCUAUAGGAUACCGCUUUGUCUUUCUGAAAUGGAUAUAAUUUAGUGGGUUUUUAAAACUUUAAUUUAGAUUUGUAAUCUAUCUGUUUUACUCCACAAGGGAUUCGUUUGAAGAAGCGACCGUUAAUAGUUGGGAUAUUUGCUAACAGACGUGCGCUCAGAGGCAGAGAAGAAGCAGAUGAAUGUUUAGGAAGAAGCCAUCAGAAUGAAGACCGAGGCCAAGGGUUUGGGGCGGUCUGUGUCGAGGGCGCUGCAGGAUAAGGGCCGGUGGAGCCGAGGGGUCCUGCUGCUGGCCUACAUCGUCCUGGAGCUGAUCACCGUCCACUCCUCCACCGUCCUGGGUAACCUGGAGCUCCAGCUGGAUGAGGAACAGCCAGCCGGGACCAUCGUAGGGGACAUCAGCGCUGGGUUACCGCCUGGCGUCACCGCAAGUCUUUACUUCAUAUCAGACCAUGAGGGCACCGGGGUGGGGAGUGACCUGGACAUAGAUGAGAGCACGGGCAUCAUCAAGACAGCCAAGGUGUUGGACCAUGAGCUGAGGGACCGGUACAACUUCAUUGCCGUGACUAUGACGGGCUUGACCAUUGAAGUGACAAUCACGGUGAAUGACAUCAAUGACCACGCUCCCACGUUCCCCCGGAGGAGAGCGGCGUUCAAGAUCCCGGAGAUGACGGCGGUGGGAACCAGGUUCCCCCUAGAGCCGGCCGUGGAUGGGGACAAGGGCCAACUGACUACCCAGGGAUACCUCAUCAAAGACGGGAACCCCGGCCAGGCUUUCCUCCUGGAGACCCGGAGAGGAUCAAACCAGGUUCUCUAUCUGGAUCUGGUGGUCAACACUCUUCUGGACAGUGAGACCAGACUGUCUUAUACUUUAUCCCUGGAGGCGUUCGAUGGAGGCUCCCCUAAGAGGACUGGUCAGAUGGUGCUAGAUGUGAUGGUUCAGGAUAUCAACGACAACGCUCCAGUCUUCAACCAGAGUCGCUACCACGCCAUUAUCUCAGAGAAUCUGCUGCCGGGUAGCAACAUUCUCCAAGUCUUUGCCUCUGACGCUGACCAGGGAGACAACGGCCUUGUUCUCUAUGAGAUCAACCGCAGGCAGAGCGACCCAGAGCACUACUUCAUAAUUGACUCUCGUACGGGUGUCAUCACGCUCAACAAGCCGCUGGACUUUGAGAUGCGGAGGGUCCACGAGCUUGUGGUCCAGGCGAGGGAUAACGCCACGCAGCCCGAGGUUACCAACGCCUUCGUCACAAUCCACGUCCGGGACUACAAUGACAACCAGCCCACCAUGACUAUCAUCUUCCUCAGCGAAGACGGCUCCCCACAGAUCUCCGAGGGCGCCCAGCCUGGCCAGUACGUCGCACGCAUCUCCGUCACCGACCCGGACUAUGGAGAAUACGCCAAUGUCAACGUCUCCUUGGAAGGAGGGGACGGGAAGUUUGCCCUGACCACCAAGGACAACAUAAUCUACCUGAUGUGUGUGGACCAGAUCCUGGACCGAGAGGAGAGGGACACAUACGAACUCAGGGUGAUGGCUACAGAUGCAGGCACCCCUCCUCUCAGGGCUGAGUCCUCCUUUACGAUACAAGUCACUGACGUUAACGACAACCCUCCUCUGUUUGAUCAGCAGGAGUACAGGCAGGCAAUACCUGAGGUGGUGUUCCCAGGGAGCUUCGUGUUGCAGGUCACGGCGAGAGACAAUGACCAGGGGCCCAAUGGAGACAUCACAUACAGCCUCCUCCAGGAUGGCCAGGCUGGCCAGGAUGAGAACCAGGCCCAGUGGUUCACCAUCGACCCAGUAACAGGGAUCAUCACCACGCUCUCCCAGCUGGAUUACGAGUCGCAGCCCAGGCCAAGUGUGACUGUGGUGGCUACAGACGGAGGGAGGCCUUCCCUGUCCUCCACAGCUCUGGUCCAUGUGGUACUACAAGAUAUUAACGACAACGAACCUGUGUUCGGUAGCAACUUCUACAACGUAUCCAUCAAGGAGAACACGGCUGCUGGGUCCUGCAUCCUACAGGUGACAGCGACAGACGCGGACGGCGGCUCCUUCGGCUCCAUCAGUUACUCUCUGGGGUCAGGAAUCAACAGUGCUGUCCCCUCCCAGUUCUCUGUAGGGAAGGAGACAGGACAGAUCUGUACCAACGUGGCUCUGGACAGGGAUCAGGGACCAACCAGCUAUGACUUUACCGUCACCGCUGUGGACGGGGGAGGUCUGAAUUCCAUGGCCUAUGUCAGGGUUGACCUGCUGGACAUCAACGACAACAGACCAGUCUUCUACCCUGUGAGCUACGCCGUCAGCCUCAGCUCCCAGAGUGCACCUGGCACCUCUGUCGUCAAGGUUACGGCACUUGACCCCGACACUGGGGAGAACGGGAGGGUCACGUACCGAACCGUCCCCGGGGGCAACUCCCCCUUCUUCACCCUCAACAAAGACACAGGUGUGAUCUCCCUGUCCCGGUCGCUGCACGGCAAGGCCAACACGGUGAUCCCCAUGGUGGUUUCAGCCCAGGACAGAGGGGGUCUGGCAGCACUGGUCAACGCCCGGGUCAACAUCAGUGUGGUGGCAGGCCUGGUGGCGCCCCCUGUGUUCGAACACAGCCAGUACAGCUUCACUGUGUCUGAAGACGUACUGCGAGGGACUGAGGUUGGCAUCGUACAGGCCAUCAGUAAGAACGGCGUCCUCAGUAAGGACAUCCUGUACAGCAUCUCCUCUGGAGACCCUGCUGGCUACUUCACCGUGGACCCAGAGAGCGGAGCCCUGCGGACCAGCCUUCCUCUGGACCACGAGGCCCAGCCCUCUCUAACCCUGGAGCUCCAGGCUCGUAGCGGCAGCCCCCCUGCCUUCGGUCAGACCCAGGUCCACAUCACAAUCCAGGACAUCAACGACAACACUCCUGCCUUCCUGCCCUCCUCUUCCGAGUCUCUCCUACUACCGGAGCACACAAAGAUGGGGACCAUGGUCUACCGCGUCCAGGCCCAAGACCGGGACUCCGGUAUCAAUGGCCAGGUGACCUUUGACCUUUCCACCACCGCAACCUCAAGCGGAGGUCAAAGAACCUUUUCCAUGGAGCGUAGUACAGGGGAGAUCCGGCUGGUCGGCGAGCUGUCGUACGACGUAACGCAGCGCUAUGACCUGACGGUGACAGCUAAAGAUGGUGGCGCUCCCCAGCUGAGCUCUACCAUGAUGCUUGUGGUGCACGUCCAGGCGGAGAACGACCACGGUCCCGUGUUCGACACCCUGACCUAUCGCGUGGAGCUGAGGGAGAACACCCCGCUCAGCACAUGCUUCCUACAGGUGCGAGCUCUGAGCCGGGACACCGUGGGUUCAGGGUCCUCCUCUCCACUGGCAUUCCACCUGAGACCUGACGGAGACGCAGCAGGGUUUGGCAUCGCAGUAGAUAGCGGCUGGCUGUUUGUGAAGAGUGCCCUGGACAGAGAGGUGAAGGACAUGUACAUGUUGAUGGUUCUGGCCACGGCAGGCCACGGGCAGCUGAAGAAGACGGGCAGUGCCACAGUGAGGGUGUCGGUGACCGAUGAGAACGACAACUCUCCCCGUCUGAUCCAGGCGAGGGCUUUCCUGGCCGUGAAAGAGAACCUUCCGGCGGGUUCAGGGUUCGGACGGGUGUUGGCUACGGACCGCGACACGGGCCUCAACAGCAGGCUCAGUUACAGACUUUUACACCCAGACAGACACUUCCAGAUCAACUCACACACAGGUGAGAUCAGUACCCGUGUAGGUCUGGACAGGGAGCAGCAGAGUAGUUACCAGGUGUUGUUGGUGGUCCAGGAUGGAGGUACUCCCCCGCGCAGCGCUACAGGGACAGCCUUCAUCACCGUCCUGGAUGAGAACGACAACACUCCCUCCUUCAGACACAGCCAGCCUGGCAGAGGACUGACCAUGCAGGUGGUGGAGGGCCAGACAUCAGGUCUACUGCUGGGGAAAGUACAGGCCAAUGACCCUGAUGUGGGAGAGAACGGCACUGUGUACUACUCCAUGUCAGGCCCCAGGGCAGAGUGUUUCUCUCUGAACCCCACUACAGGUGAACUGCGUUCCUCCUCUCCUCUGAGUCGCUCUGACAGAGCUGAGUACAUCUUCACUGUGACCGCCACUGACCGAGGCCAGCCAUCUCACAGCGCUACCUGUACACUACACAUACAGGUCCAGAGUGCGAGCAGAGCUCCUUCCAAAGCCAACUCCCUCUCCAUGUCCUUUAACUCCGUCGAGGAGGCCAAACCAGGCUCUAUGAUUGGCUCUGUGAGGUCACAUGAUGUCUCUGAGCUACCUGAGGCCGGUCAGGUGACCUACACGGUGGUGGGCGGGUCAGACCGAGACGGAACGUUCAUGGUGGACCGUCAGACAGGUGACGUGUACCUGGCGAGGGAGCUGGAUUAUGAGCGCUCCGCCCGCUACACACUACAGAUAGAGGUGGACGACUUCUCCAUGACGUUACCCAGCAGCCACCUGGUGCAGCUAGACAUCGAGGUGGAGGACAGCAACGACCAUGCACCCCGCUUCCCGGGGGACCCCGUUACCGUGGUGAUACCUGAGAACAUGGAGCCUGGGGCGUCCAUCUACACCUUCCAGGCCUCGGAUCAGGACGGAUCAGGGCCCAACAGCCUGCUGACCUACUCCAUCCUGCACCAGUACCCUGACCUCACUGACCUCCUGGUGCUUGACCCUUCCACUGGCGUCCUGACCCUGGCACAGGAACUGGACCAUGAGGUCACUUCCUCCCUUAUCCUGGUCGUCCAGGCAACAGACUCCGCCCUGAAUGCCAGCCAACGGCGCUGGGGCUCGGUGACGGUGAGGGUGUUUGUGACAGAUGAGAAUGACAACGCUCCAGUGUUCAGCUCGCCAUCCGCGGUUAGCGUCAUGGAGGACCAGCCUGUGGGUUUCGUGGUUCUCUACGUUGUGGCGCGAGAUGCCGACCAGGGGGAGAACGGACGGGUCAGCUACUUCAUCGAGACUGGCAACGCUGGAGGGACAUUCAGCCUCAACCCUAAUACUGGUUCUCUGUCUAUCCUGAAGGCCAUCGACCGGGAGGAUCAGGACCUGUUGAACCUGACCAUCGUAGCCCAGGACCACGGGGUACCAGCACUCUCAUCCAGCCAGCUGCUGUCUGUCCAGGUCAUCGACGUGAACGACCAGGUGCCCUGGUUCCAGGAGAACCAGUACCAAGCCCAGAUUACAGAGAACCAGCCUGCAGGAACCACUGUUCUGGUAGUGUCGGCCUCCGACCUGGACCAAGGUACCAACGGCCAGGUGACAUAUGGAGGCAUCUCUGACGAGGGUUUUAGCAUCCACCCAGCUACAGGUGUUAUAACCACCACUAAAGCCCUGGACAGAGAGGCACAGGAACAAUACACACUGACAGUGUAUGCCCGAGACGGUGGCGUGCCUCCUAACUUUGCCCGGGUGGCAGUGAAGAUCCAGGUGUUGGAUGAGAAUGACAAUGCCCCAGCAUUCAGUAGACUGUACUACAGUCUGGAGGUGCCUGAGAACAUGGAGGCUGUUGAGCUUUUCACCCUCAGAGCUAUUGACCUGGACACUGGGGACAGCGGAGAGAUGACCUACAAGAUCACAACGGGCGACCCGUCAGGUGACUUCCAUGUGGACAGGAAGUCAGGUGUUCUCUCCACCUCCAGACCGCUGGACAGGGAACGUAGGUCCAGGUACAGUCUGACAGUGACAGCCCUUGACGGGGGCUCUCCGGCCUUGAGCAGCACGGCCACAGUAGAGGUCACGCUCCUGGACGUCAACGACCACAGCCCCCAGUUCACCAGCCCCAGCUACACCACUGACCUCUCUGAGGAUGUUCCUAUUGGCUCCCUGGUGCUGGAGGUCUCUGCUACUGACCUGGACCAAGGGUCUAACAGCCAGGUGCUGUACUUCCUGUCGCGUGGCUCCCAGGGCAUGUUCAUCAUCGACCAGCACACGGGACAUGUCAUCACCGCCGCUCCGCUCGACCGAGAACGAACCACGUUGUACACUUUCUAUGUCUGCGCCAUAGACUCGUCCCCCGCCAGCCCUCGCAAUUCCACCGCCAUGGUCACCGUGUAUGUACAGGACGUGAACGACAACGCUCCAUUCUUCAUCCAGGACCCCCUCGUCAUCAACAUCUCAGCCUCCAGUGUCUCCUCCCAUCGCGUCCUGUCCACCAUGCGGGCGGAGGACCGGGAUUUUGGGGCCAACGGCUCACUGUUCUACCGCUUCGCCAGCCCUGUCCGGGGCUUCACCAUCAACUCUCUGACCGGGGACAUCCAGGCUACAGAGAUGCUGCAGGGACUGACCCAGGGCCAGAGGACUCUGAUUGUAGAGGCUAUGGACCAGGGAAGCCCAGCUCAGUCCUCUCUAGGGGUGGUGGUCAUCUACAUCAGAGAACAGACCUACAGGGGGAUCCGCUUCUCACGCCACGCUAGAGACGUCAGCCUGCAGGAGAACGCCGCCAAAGGUACCGCUGUGGUGCAGACUCAGGCCCAGUACCCUGAUGGAUCCCGUAGUGGGAUCAGUUACAGCAUCUUCAGCGGCAACACCCUACACUCCUUUGGAAUCAGCUCCUCCACUGGUGAGAUCUGGGUACAGAGCUCCAUGGGGCUGGACUAUGAGGAGACCCCUAGACUCCGCCUGGUGGUGAAGGCUGAAACUGCAUCCUCCAGUUCCUUCAUGGCGGUCAACCUGAUCCUUCAGGACGUCAAUGACAACCUGCCGCGCUUCCAGCUGCAGAACUAUGUAGCCUACAUACGAGAGGCACAGGGAUAUCAUUUCCCUAUCAUACAGGUGGUGGCUGAUGACCUGGACCAGGGCCAGAAUGGUCAGGUGACCUACAGUCUGAGGUCGUCGUCUCUCAGCGGUCUGUUCAAGAUCGACCCGCUGACCGGAAGCAUCACCACCGCCGCUAUCAUGGACCGAGAGAUCUGGACACAAACCAAGCUGGUUGUUACGGCAACGGACCGGGGCACACCACGAUUGGCCGGCUCGGCGACCCUCACGGUGAUAAUCGUGGACCUCAAUGACAAUAGUCCUACAAUCCCCUUGCCGCGCGAGAUCAGAGUGCCAGAGAACACUCUGAUAGGCUCGGUAAUAACCCAGGUGACUGGAAACGACGUUGACUCAGGCCCAACCCUGUCCUACACCCUCCACCUGGACCCGUCCUCCCAGGGCGUGUUUGGGAUCCACCGCUACGGGGGCGGGGUGUCUCUGACCGCCCCUCUGGACUACGAGGAGAGGACCUGGUACACGCUGACUGUCAGGGCUACUGACUCCAAACACCAGACUGAAGCUAACCUCACCAUACUGGUGGAGGAUGUCAAUGAUAACGUUCCUACGUUCACACAGGAUCUUUACCAGGUGAUUCUGGCAGAGCACACCCCAGCUGGCAGUGCAGUUGUCACUGUGACAGCCACGGACCGCGACUCUGGAGAGAACGGCCGUGUCAUGUACAGAGUGAUGUCAUCAACCCGGGACAUCUUCUACAUCGACCCCAGCAAUGGUACCCUGUUCAUCACCCAGCAGGCAGAGUUUGACUCUGAGAACCCUUCUAUCCUGGUGGUAAUAGAGUCCAGAGACAUGGGAACACCAGCCCUCUCCUCCACCGCUACUGUACAGGUCCAGGUGUCUGACGUCAACGACAACGCGCCCGUCUUCCACCAAUCAGAGUACAGAGCCACGGUGUCGGAGGACGGCCUCCCGGGCGCCACCAUCCUGACCCUGGAGGCGGCCGACGGCGACACGUCACGCGACAACUGCGGCUAUGACUUCACUAUAGCCAGCGGAAACGCAGGCAAUGCCUUCCAGAUUGAGAGCAGCGUACGCUUCCUAGAAGGACGUGGCUUCCAGACAGUAGGCAGCCUGGUAUUGACCGGUGAGGGGCUGGACUUCGAGGCUGUGUCCAGUUACAACCUGACUGUGGUCGUGUCAGACCGCGGCGUGCCCCAGAGGAGCUCGGCUGUCUCUGCGCUGAUCAGUGUGACAGAUACUAACGACAACCCUCCGGCGUUCAGCAGGGCAGAGUACAGUGUGGUGGUGAGUGAAGGAGCAGCCACAGGGACUGAGGUCCUCAGCCUGUCUGCAACAGACCCAGACUCCCCGGCCGUAGGGAAGGUGCAGUACCUGAUCAGCUCUGGGGAUGAGACGGGUAUGUUCCAGGUAGACCGCUGGACCGGAGCCCUGAUGCUGCAGAGACCACUGGACAGCGAGAGACAGGCAUCCCAUGUGAUCAUUGUGCAGGCGACAGAUGGACAGGGUCACUAUGCGCUGGCUCCUGUCACUGUGGAGGUGAAAGACAUUAAUGACAACAGACCUUACUUCCCUCUGCCCAUCCUCACCGCCAGCGUCAGAGAGAACCAGCCUCACAACACCCUUGUCACCAUGCUGCACGCCAUCGACCAGGACACGGGAGUCUUCGGACAGCUGAGGUACUACAUGUUGGACAAGACUGGAGAGGGGAAAGACUCCUUCUUGCUCAACCAGACGUCAGGCGAGGUCCGGACUCGCUCCGCCUUUGACUUUGAGAAGGUCAACAUGUUCAACUUUGUAGCUCUAGCCAUGGACACAGGGAACUACUCUGCCACGGUGACCAUCCAGGUGUACGUGAUGGGGGAGGAUGAGUACGACCCUGUGUUCUCCGACUUAGAGUUCUCCUUCCUGGUUCCUGAGGGGGCGAAGAAGGGCCAGAGCAUCGGUCAGGUGACAGCCAGAGACGAGGACGAGGGAGUGGACGGGAUUGUUCUGUACUCCCUAGCUGACCCCUCGCCCUACUUCCAGGUCAAUGCAUCGACAGGUGUGGUCUCCCUGAAGAUGGACAGCCACGUUCGACACAUGAGCAGGGCCAAGAGGGAGGUCCGUGUGAUGACCCUUGACCUGAUGGCCCACAGCCCACUGAAGACGUCCCGCGUGGCCACCGCCCGCCUCACCGUUGACGUGACAAACACGUCCUUCGGCCUGGUGUCGGACAUGAACCUGCUGCUGGUCAGUGUGAUCGCUGUGUCCCUGGGAGCCAUCCUCAUCCUCAUCUUCAUCGCCAUGUCUCUGUUUUGUGUGAGACUGAGACGUCAGAGGAAGGAGCAGCAGAGUCGCUGCAGACCUCCAGCCUCUCCCGGCCACGGCACCAUGCUACACAAACUAGAGGAGACUAAAGUUACCGACACUGACCGGAAUGACCGCAUCUACCAUCAGGCCUUACCAGGGUACGUUUCCGACCAAACAGGGAGUGGAGGGGGAGGGCCAUACCCCCGCGGGGGCUCCCUGGACCCAUCCCACUCCAGCGGGCGUGGCUCAGCGGAAGCGGCGGAGGACGAUGAGAUCCGGAUGAUCAACGAGUACCCCCGUGUCUCCUCCAUCUCUUCGUCCAUGCAGGAACACAUCUCAGCCCGCGGGCCAGACUCUGGUAUCCAGCAGGACGCUGACCAGCUGUCUGACAUCUCGUGUGAGCCCAACAUUGACGCCAACCAGUGGUUUAAGGCCAAGAAGCUGGCCAAUCUCAGUGGGACUCUGCUGGCUGGGCAGGUGCCUGUCUACAGGGAGGAUGGAGGAGGUUAUCUGGGGGUAGGGAGGGGGCUGAACAUCUCCCACCCUAAAGACUAUGCCUUCCCAGUGGAUGGUAAACCCGCUGUGGACGGCUCCCUCACAGCCAUAGUGGCCAGUGACGAGGAGCUGAGGGGUAGUUAUAACUGGGACUACCUGCUGAACUGGUGUCCACAGUUCCAGCCAUUAGCAAGCGUCUUCACGGAGAUAGCGAGGUUAAAGGAUGAGACGGCCACUCCUAACCCUCGCAGACCGCUCCAGCACAAAGCCAAGGUGGACCCCAAACCCCCUCGCAUUGACCCCCCGCCCCUAAUCACCUCCAUAGCCCACCCCGGCGCGAAGACAGUCCCGGUCAAGCCUGCUCCUGUCAAGCCCUCUGUGGGGAGGUCCUCCUUCCCCCACCUGGCCUCCCUACGGAGGUCCCCCAUCAGUCACGAGGGCUCCCCCUCCUCAGUAGCCAUGUCCCCCAGCUUUUCCCCCUCCCUGUCCCCCCUGGCCGCCCGCUCCCCGGCCAUCAUACCCUUCGGGGUCACCCAGGGCCCCUCAGCCUCCAUGAUCAGCACCACUGAACACAGCAUGGAGCACAUUGAAGAGGCCGAGAUGAGGAUAUAGAGUGUAUCGACUCACAGGUGAGGAUAUAGACUCUAUCGACUCACAGGUGAGGAUAUAGACUCUAUCGACUCACAGGUGAGGAUAUAGACUCUGUCGACUCACAGGUGAGGAUAUAGACUCUAUCGACUCACAGGUGAGGAUAUAGACUCUAUCGACUCACAGGUGAGGAUAUAGACUCUAUCGACUCACAGGUGAGGAUAUAGACUCUAUCGACUCACAGGUGAGGAUAUAGACUCUAUCGACUCACAGGUGAGGAUAUAGACUCUAUCGACUCACAGGUGAGGAUAUAGACUCUAUCGACUCACAGGUGAGGAUAUAGACUCUAUCGACUCACAGGUGAGGAUAUAGACUCUACCGACUCACAGGUGAGGAUAUAGACUGUAUCGACUCACAGGUGAGGAUAUAGACUGUAUCGACUCACAGGUGAGGAUAUAGACUGUAUCGACUCACAGGUGAGGAUAUAGACUGUAUCGACUCACAGGUGAGGAUAUAGACUCUGUAGACUGAGAUAAGGAUAUAGACUCUAUAGACUCUGAGGUACUGGAGAUUGGAAGACUGAUACUGAGUUAUUGUUCCUCAAAAAACAGAAGUGUUGUCUCAAUUGACACUCUAUUUAGGUUGCAGGGUGGUACCCCUCCUAUUGUGUAAUGGUCACAGUAUCUGGUGUCAAUAGACUGGAUCGUACAGUGUACCUUCCAUUCUGGGCAGAGCACAGAAUGUGGUUAAGUACUGUAGUUAAAUAAUGAAGUAACUCUCAAACCACCAAAGGUGGUAGAUGCAUCAUAAACUAAUGGGACUCUCAAACUGGACUAGAAUCAAAACUGAGACCAAAAUGGAUGUUGCCUGUUCCUGAGGACUUCCUCUUCCCUCUAUCCAAUCAGUGUCAAGAGAACUAAACUACCCAGGAUUUGCACAUUCUAACGGGGAGCCAUGAUGUCAAUAUUUUGUAGAAGAUACCUUUUUUUGUCUAUAUUUUUAUACUGACUUUGGUUUCUGACUAGAAAUGGCACUAAUUCUGUGCCAGAGGGCUGUUAUAGCCUCAGAAUAUAUUUCCAUGUGUGUAUAUUUGUAGCUAUGUAACAGUAUGUUUGAACUGUAUGUUGGUUGUAUCUCAUGUACUUAACCAUUAAUGUGUUUUUGGAACAAAACAAAGCUCUUUAUUUCUAUUAUUGUGAUUGAUUGGGGGGAUAUGCUGUCAUUUCUUGUAAAUAUUUAUUACAGAGGAGUGAAAAAGGAGCUUUUCUUGCUGGAAGAACAAAAAUAAUCUGGUAGCGUGUUGGAUCCCUCUCAUAAUAAUUCAGUGUGCCAUAUGUGUGUCCCAAAUGGCACCUAUUCCCUAUACAAUGAUCUACCUGGUCAAAAGUAGUGCACUAUAAAGGGAAUAGGGUACCAUUUGGGAUGCAAACAUAGUCUUUUGAGUCUUGUUUGAAGGGAUCAGUCAUGUCCUAUACACGUUCCUUUGUUUCUUCCCUCCAGUCUAGUUGAGGUGAACCUGACAUCCAUUCAUCAUGUCCUUCCUUUCAGGUGUCCUUAAUCCCUUAAUCACAAUGAGCCUUACAGGUCUACUUGGUAUUCUGGUGGCACAGUAGACACAGACAAGGGCAGAACUACUCAGACAUAGACAGACAGGGGAGGUCAGAAAGAUUAUAGAGACCAGCAGCAAUAGAACUAAGAAAAAAACCCAAUGUCAUGUAAUUCAGCAGACCGGUCUAGUUGUUAUUCUAGAGGCAGCUAACCUGCAGUUGCUGCUAAACACCUGCAACUGUCAUUUCCUGCCAUCUAGAACAAAACAUUUCCUUAAAAGUUGAUAAAUAAAGUAAACACAUUUUUUUGGCACAGCCAAGGACACAGGUUGGCGCAGCGCCACUCAUACAUUCUUUGUGGAAAACCCUGAGGUUUGAGUAGGGUUUUUUGGUGUACCUCUGACAGAUUAAAUAAGGGUUGUGUGUACCUCUGACCGACUGAAUAAGGGUUGUGUGUACCUCUGACCGACUGAAUAAGGGUUGUGUGUACCUCUGACCGACUGAAUAAGGGUUGUGUGUACCUCUGACAGAUUAAAUAAGGGUUGUGUGUACCUCUGACCGACUGAAUAAGGGUUGUGUGUACCUCUGACCGACUGAAUAAGGGUUGUGUGUACCUCUGACUGACUGAAUAAGGGUUGUGUGUGUACCUCUGACAAACUGAAUAGGGUUGUGUGUGUGUACCUCUGACAGACUGAAUAAGGGUUGUGUGUGUUCCUCUGACAGACUGUAUAAGGGUUGUGUGUGUUCCUCUGACAGACUGUAUAAGGGUUGUGUGUGUUCCUCUGACAGACUGUAUAAGGGUUGUGUGUGUGUACCUCUGGCAGACUGUAGCUCACUAAGCUCAUCUCAGUAUCGAUGGGAUUCUCUCCAGCAUCCUGGACCAGGAGAAGCUUGUAGCAACAGAUAUUUUCAUAAUUUCUUUGCAUGGGAUGUUCCACAAAGCCAGAUGAAUCUCUGAAAUACUGCUUUUCAAAUCACAUGCAGGACUGAACCUAGAAAGAACACUCAUCAAAACGGUGUUGUUGAGAUUUGCUUAUCUGUUCUCUCUUAGUUCCUUCUCUGAACUACAGUAAUGUAAGUUAUCAAUAUUGUUAGUUUGCAGUAUUGUUAGUUUUCACUACGCCUGGAGUUAGGUGUAACUAGCUACUAACUAGUGUCUGUUGAGAUACCACUUCUUGGUAUCAGAAUGUAACACCAAACUGAGUCCCAAAUGGCACCCUAUUCCCUAUAUAGUACUUUUGACCAGGGCCCUAUUGGGGUAUUUUCCUCCGUAAAAAAAGAGUGCACUUCCCUAUACAGUAGUUCACUAAGUUAUUUGGGAUGCAACCCAUGUAGACCUGCAUGACCUUCAGCUCGUAGCUUACUGUCUGUUGUCUGAUAGAAAAACAAGUUCAAUUUAAGUGGUUUUGGCAGCCUGUACUAAAUACCCCUGUGUAAGGUUGUAUUUAUGGUUAGCUAGCCUUCUGCCAUGGACUAAAUCGGGAGACUCCAUUUUCCUUCAUUCAUCACGGUGGAGCUUCUUCCAGGCCGACAGUUUUGGAGUCUUUGUACCGUUUUUAAUUGUUAACAUGUUAAAUGAAGAAACGUUACCUUUAUUGGCUCUGAGAAACUACACUACAUCCUUGAGACACAGAGGCUAUGUUCCAAAUGGUACCUUAUUCCCUAUAGUGUGCUGCAAAAGUAGUGCUCCAUGAAGGGAAUAGGGUGCCAUUUGGAACACACUCAGUGAUGGAUGCUAAUUAGUACUCAGCUCCACUCCAACUUAGAAAUCUUUAAAAGUGUUUGUUAAGUCAUGUUAAACUGCCCCUAAAACACAAGGCUAUUUACAGUUGAAGUCGGAAGUUUACAUGCCCUUAGGUUGGAGUCAUUAGAACUCGUUUUUCAACCACUCCACAAAUUUCUUGUUAAUAAACCAUAGUUUUGGCAAGUCGGUUUGGAC